AGACUACCCGCGCGACAGCCGCAGCCGUUUUUUUUCUCGCGAGGAAGGACGCCAUUAUCGGAAUCGCACAAACAACACGAGAAUUCAUCAUUCAAACGGUAAUAUAAACCGAGCUUGAGAUGUUCGUGUCCCGCCGCGGGAACCCUGAGCUGAAUGGCUGGGUAUCGCGGUCCCGCCGGCUGAGAAGUGUUAGUGGAUUUCGCUCGACAUUACUACUAGUCUUAACUGUAAUUACGACCAGAAGCCCUGCGACCGACAUUUUGCGUCUUUAGCCAGCCAGUAGGCGCCGGGGCCUGUGUCGCUAGCCGGCUAGCUAGUUAGCUAGCUGUUUCGUAGAGCAUAUCCUGUUAUCCCCUUAUAGCGUCCAGGAGGAAAAAAUGCGUGUGUGUUCUGCAUCAUAUAGCAUAUUAGAUGGUUCAUUCAAGGCAUAUGAUUAAAUAAUAAUAUCGGAGGGACAUUCGCUAGGAUACACAGCCGACUACAGAAAUGCUAGCUAUGGAUUACGGCUUGGAUCCAACCGACAAAGUACCAUCUCCCUGACUAUUUGGCAUAUAGAGCAGAAAUCUAGCAAGCAGAAAUUGACAAAUAAUGCUGUGGUCAGUUAAUUAGCACGAACUAUGUCAUUCGCAUGUAUCUGUGGCAGCAGUUGCCUAACAGUUUCUGUUUAAUGCCGCUUUUGUGUUUGCCGGACAAAUGCCAUUGAUAUUUAUUUACGACUUUCUAAAGUCCCUUACUAUGUACUUUUUCCUUAUCAGCCGAAGCACACAUUUUAAGUUACAAACCACAGUACAAUUAAGGCAUAACAUUUUCAUAGGGUGACAUUAAAAUUAGCUCCAACCUAAGCCACCAAGAAACCCUGGGGAUCAGCCCCGAUCCGACGCCAGACAGUAUUACUUUGCCUAGGGGCAAUUCACAGACAUUUUAGGAGUGUGGGAGAGCUAGGAUCGUCAGAAUAAAACCGAGCUCUGUGUAAAUGCAUGUAAUCACAGAGGCAUUAAACAACCCCCGAGGCUCUAUGGACAUGCCCCCCUCCUUGUUCACACCUGUGUCUUAUUCCAACUGCAAUUUCUGCUGUGGUUACAGUAUUUGCCUGGGUCACAUUUAAAGAAAUCCAAGAAAAUUGACUGAAAUUGAUAUCCAACAUGUUCAAAAAUAAAAAUAUAUUUAUGAAUGGAAAAAGCAAGAUUUCCUGAAAUUAUUUUUUUUUUGCAUGUUGAACACCAGUUCAUUACCAUAAUGGCUGUAAACGUUUUUCUUUUUUACUAUGUUAAAGCUUAAUUUUAUAUGCUUGGUUAAAAUUCCAUCUAAUAUACUGGUCUUCUGACAGAAGGCUUCAUAUAGGACAAGAGCAAUGCAAUUUUAGAGAUAACCGUGACUAGCACGUGACUGUGUGUAUUCUACCAUACAGUAUUCAGUUUUUAUAAGUAGGGUAUUAUUGCCAGUACCAUGGCAUAUGUUUUGAAUGCAUUAGUAAUUCAACAAUACUAAAGUAGGUUAAAAGUGAGCUUGACGCUAAAGGAAACCGGUUGUUCAUUAUGGUAGGAAAACACAAAUAUUUAUCACAUAAGGAAAUCCUAUAUCGUAAGAUGUCAGUAAUUGAAAUUAUGCUAUAAUUAGAUAUAUAUCAUUCCAUAUCAAUGACUUCUAAGUAAAGGUAAUAGUGAUUAUUUAAGUACUGGCUCUCCAAGCUUCUGUUUGGUAUAAGAUGUUAGCGGGAAUGUGUCUAAAAUGGUUAAUUGAUGCCAUCAGUUAAUGUGUUAAUGAUUAAGAAGACAUCAGAAUUACCCUGGGUGACAAACUGGUGCUCAAGAACCUUUUGUUACUGCAGGGCAUCUGGCUUGAGAGGUUAUACAGGGGAGUCAUUCUAUGGCUUUCUGUGUCCUCUAUCCACUUCCUGCUGGCCUAUGAUUGGUUAAUGCCUUACAGAGGAGCUCUGUAAUUAGUGCAUUGUUAGGUUUUGUGGCACCAGCAGUCUUAAUGAUGUCGGAGCAGGAUCUGGUGGAGAUGGUUCAAAUUGCAGUGGGAGACUUGAACCAAGAGGAACCUCCUGUUGUGAUCGAAAAUCAUGAUGAUGGCGAUGACAAGCCAGAGAGAAAACGUCAGCGGGUGGAAAUCAACUGUCAGGAUUCCUCUCUGAAGUCUCUGCUGUACUCCAUUAAUCAGACAAUCUGCCAGAGGUUGGAGGCCAUUGAGGCCAAGCUACAAGUCCUAGAAGCGGCUUGUAGGACACUGGAGGAGAAAUUAGAUCUAGUGAUGAAUAAAAACCAGGGCCCCAUCCAGGUGCCCAUGGUGGCUGGGUCCCCACUGGGCGCUACGCAAACCUGGAAUAAAGUACGCUGUGUUGUACCCCAGACAAAUGUAAUUGUGACUAGUGACCGGCCAAAGGGGGUGGGCCAGGAAGAAGCUACUAUGCAGGGGGCAGAGUCACUGGAGAACCUUCUCAGCAACACAGUGACUGGACGGAGGCAGAACACAAUCCUGGUGAAGGUUCCCGCACCGGAAGACAGUCAGGAGGACGUGGAGAGUGGCUCAGAGGCAAGUGACUCAGUGUCCAACAGCGGCCAAGCCUCUGGCCAGAGCGCCAACAAUGUCACCUUCAUCACCCUCAACUCUGAAGAGGACUUUCCUGGGGGCACCUGGCUAGGCGAUGAGAACAACCCAGAGAUGAGGGUACGGUGUCCCGUGUCGCCUGCCGACAUGUUGCACAUCAGCACGAACUGCCGCACGGCGGAGAAGAUGGCCCUCACACUGCUGGACUACCUGUUCCACCGCGAGAUACAGGCCGUGUCCAACCUGUCUGGCCAGGGCAAGCAUGGCAAGAAGCAGCUGGACCCCCUCAUGAUCUACGGCAUCCGCUGUCACCUGUUUCACAAAUUCGGGAUUACGGAGUCAGACUGGUACCGGAUCAAACAGAGCAUCGACUCCAAAUGCCGCACGGCCUGGAGGCGGAAGCAGCGGGGGCAGAGCCUGGCUGUCAAGAGCUUCUCCCGCAGGGCCCCCGCCUCGCAGACCACCUCAGAGGGGGCUGCAGUGGCAGGGUCGUCGCCGACGGAGACCUCGGCCCAGCAAGCACUGCAUUACGCCCUUGCGAACAGUCAACAGGUGCAGAUCCAUCACAUAGGACAGGAUGGACAAGUGCAAGUGAUCCCUCAGGGGCACCUCCACAUCGCACAGGUUCCUCAGGGCGAGCAGGUCCAGAUCACACAGGACAGUGAGGGAAAUCUGCAGAUUCACCAGGUUCAUGUGGGCCAGGACGGACAGGUCCUCCAGGGGGCGCAGCUGAUUGCCGUGGCCUCGGCGGACGCGGCGGCGGCAGGCGUGGAAGGUUCCUCGUUGCAGGCCAGUGACAUCCAGGUGCAGUACGUCCAGCUGGCGCCCGUGGCUGACCACACUGCUGCCGUGCAGGGAACAGAGGCGCUGGAGCCCGGCCUGCAGGCUGACAUGGAGGUGAAGCAUGGAGCCAUUCAGAUCCAGCAGGGCGAGAACGGGGAGCUGCUGCAGAUCCAGAUGCCCGUCAGCACCGUCAGCACUUGAGAGAUUGGGCUACAGGGUGCUUCUUGACAGUGGUGACGGACGGCCAUUUUGACACGGCCCAACGAAAAGAGCAGAACAGAGAUUGAGCUGUUAUUUAAAGCGCAGUUCCACUUAGUAAAUGAACUUUCUUUUUGCUUGAAGCGGAUGAUCAGAUAAUACUGCCCACGCUUCACGCCUGUAUCGGAACAAUUCUUCAAAUCACGGACACAGGAGAAGUCCCUUCGUGGGAUGUGCCUUUGAACUCGGUCGGCUAAUUGGCCAUUGCUCUCUACUGCCCUCUGUCUAUGAAGUUCAGUCAGUGUGUCAAAAAGAUGUGUGGAGAGCACAUUUAUGGACAUGGUAUAGAUGGAAGCAAUGCAAGCUGAUAUGGAAGCAUUUUUGCUGCUGCCAGGCCAGACAAACAUGUCAACACGUUCCAGUCCUCAGUGCACCAGGGAUUCCUCCAUAUCAUUUGUAGCUCCCUGUAGCUUUUCUAGCAGUCUGCCGUCUGCACGCUCAGCACAGGGCCGCUUGACGUCGCACGUGUCAAGCAGCUCUUUGGAAGAUUGUAACGGCUCAGCUGAAGCCCUGACGGACCCCUUCACCUCCACCGCGACGUUUCCCUGCUAGGCGUCUACGCAGCAAGAGCGUAGCGAUCCCAUUUCAAACUGUUGAGACUUUAAAAAGAUAUAUAAACAAUUAAAGUUUCAUUUGACUUAUUUUUUGCUUUUGAGAAACUCGGCUGUGCUUUGUAAUUUUGUUGUCCUUGGUUUGGUCACUGAUAUCAGCUUCGCUCAUUUGGCAAUCUUCAGUACAUCUCGCUUGGAUGUGCAUUUAGCGUUUCUAAGAUGUAACGUAAUAGGAGGUGAUAAAAAUAAAGAUUUUUUGCCGUG